AAGGCAUUCAACAAAACAGAGAGGCUGAGAUUUACUGAAGCAUUUUGUUGUUUAGCUAGCUAGCUACCAACAACAUUUACAAAUAGCUCUACUUCCCAGAGCUAACUUUUAUGGCAUAAUGCUGGAUCAUUAUUUUGACAAACUUGGAGUCACAGGUGAAUAAAGGGACUGUUACAGCGUGUCUGUCUGCUGUCUCUAUCUGCGUGUCUGUCAGCGUGUGUGUGACAGGGCCACUAUGAGCCAAGCUGGGGAGCAGACCAACCCUCCCAGUGGAGGAGGUGAGGAGGAGACUACUCCUUUAUCAGCCCUGGCUCCUGAUGCUGCCCUACAGGAGGAGAGCCUGGCCCUGGGCCCCACUCACGUCUCUGCCAGCCCAGCCUUCCAGUGCUUAGACCAGCUGUUCUCUACUGGGAAGAUCAGCGGGACCAAAGCAGCGAAGCUCAAAGCCAGUUUCAGCCUGCUCCAUGACACCUUGAAAAGCUCUCAGCAGUCAGAGAUCCGGCUGCUGCAGGAGCAGCGGUUCAGAGCAGAGCUGGAGCGCCAGCAGAGAGAUCUGGAGAUGGCUGAGCAGUUCCCUGAUGGGCCGGACACAGAGGUCAGCCGCAUGCGACAGCAGCUCCUCAAGUCCCACAACGACCUGCGGCAGGCAGAGGAGAGGGACUACCAGAUGAACUACCAGCUAGAGUGUCUCACAGAAGAGAAGCUUUGCCUGGAGAAAGAGUAUGAGUCUCAACCCAAACCAGUUGAGCUGGAGAAGCGUGCGAAGGCCCUGAAGGACAGCAGUGAGGAGCUGAGGAAGGAGGUGUCUCAGAGGAGACAGGAGAUACACAGCCUGCUGGAGGAUAUGGAGGCCAGAAACAAACUGAUGACCAGGGAGCAGAGAGAACUGGACCACAAGAAGGACAGCAUAGUAAACAACCAGGCUGAGUUGGCCCAGCUUCUGUCUGUGCCUGGCCAGUUGGGGAAGGAGAUUGAGAGGAUCAACAGGAAAAAGAUGGAGGUUGAGAAAAGUAAGGCGGCCCUAGACGAGCAGCUGUCUGAGGUGGCGGCUCUGCAGAAGAUGACGGAGGCCCGCUGUCGCUCCCUGGAGGAGGAGAAGAGGGAGGUGAGGAGGCAGGUGGAGGGGCGCAGGGCACACCUGGAGGCUGCCGAGAGGGAACACAGCAUGCUGCAGAAAGAGCAGGAGAUGACCAAGGAGAAGGAGGUCAUUAUGAUGGGACAGAGAGGUAUGCUGGACAUCAAUACAGGCCACUGCAUCAUGGAAAGGAAGACCGUGCAUGAGAGUCUGGCACAAAAGCAGCGUGAGAGAGACCGUCAGCUCAGAGAGCUGAAGAAGGUGGAGCUGCAGCUCAAAAUGGCCCAGGACGCGCUGGUCCACACUCAGCUACUGCAUGACAAGACCAAGUCUACAAGGGAUGUCAAACCCAAAAGUGACAGGAUUCUGAAGACAAGACAGGAGAUACAGUUAGAAGUGGACAAGCUGAAGAGAAACUUGAUUCAUCAGCAACCAGUAGCUGAGGUGGAGACCCAGCUGAUAGAACAGUGUGUGGAACAGGAGCAGGAGCUGAUGAGACAGUCUCACAGACACAGAGAGGAGCUCCACACCCUCAGCUGUCUGACUCAGAUCAAAGCUGAUGAGAGAGAGCAGAAGUCCAGGGACCGCCACAGGGCUGAGCAAAGAUACCAUCGCAUCAAGCAAGAGCUGAGAGGCAAGAGUCUGGUGAUCCAUGAACUCAAGAAGCAGAACCAGGAGGUCCAGUCCAGGCUUGGUGUGUUUGCCAAGCUGUAUGACAACAUCAAGGGUGAUAGGAACAAGUGUAUGAACCUGAUCCAGAUGGCCUCCCAGAGAACGGCUGAGAUGAGAGAGAAGUUCAAGAUCCUGGACAACGAGAUUGAGAUCCUCAGAACCAACGCCAUCAACAAAGAGAAGCUGCUCCAGAAGUCCCGUCUGAAGCACUUCCACAGCCACACCAUCAGAGACAGCCUGAGGAACGAUAUCUCCAAGGUGACCCUGGUGCUUCAUGAGAUGAGACAGAAGAGGGAGGAGCAGAAGCUGAACUUGGGCCGGCUGACCCACAUGAUCAACUACCAUGAACAGAACCUGCUACAGAUGAGGAAGAGCCACGACAACGCCGUGCAGAGUCGCAAUGACAGAGGGGUACAGUUGCUGGAGCGUGAGGAGGAGAUGUGUAUUUUCUACGAGAAGGUGAAUGUUCAGGAGGGCCUGAUCAGAGACGGUAACAUAGAGAUGCAGGCGCUGGAGGAGGAGACGCGCUGCCUGCAGAUGAUCACCAAGGAAGAAGGAAGACAGACAGCCCUCAGCAGGAAACUGGUGCCCUGCCAGAGGAGACUGAAGGGAGAGAGCACCAUGCUGCAGAUACAGGUACAUUAG